AUGAAGAAGACGCUCAAGUACGACAUUUGUGAUCUCAAGAAACAGGGUGCAGAUGUACUGUCUGUUUACCUGAAGGAUGCCUUGGAUCCCCUUUCCCCGAUCCAGUAUGCCUGCUGCUACUGGGCCGAUCACAUCUCGAAAUUCGACGACAAAAUCGCGUCUUCUACCCUCGAAUUCCUCAAGAUAUUAGUGCUCUACUGGCUAGAGGCCUGCUCGCUACUUGGAAAGGCUGAAGAAUCUAGCGCUUGCCUAGAAUACCACGAAUUGAUUAGUGUCCUGCGAGACAUUGAUCGGUUCGUCCUGUAUUUUAAAGGUGCAAUCGAACAGUUGCCUUUACAGAUAUAUGCAUCAGGUCUCCUCUUCAGUCCGAGAACUUCAUUGGCCAGGCAGGCAUUCAAACAAUAUACCCUCGAAACGUCAUGGCUUAAUCUACCCAUCUCAGAAGACUGGGAUGCUUGUGUCCAGACACUCGAAGGCCAAACAUCUACAGUUUCCAAUAUCGCCUUCUCUGGCAAUGGUCAAUGGUUAGCGUCGACCUCUUAUGAUUGCACAAUCAGGAUCUGGAACGUGGCGACGGGUGUUUGUCUACAGACUAUACACAGCCCUUAUGUAGAGGUGCAUGCAGUUGCAUUUUCUAGUGACAGUUCUUGCCUUGCGUCAGCAUCUGAAAACUGCACGAUCGAAUUUUGGGAUACCAAGUCAGAGGAAUUCGUCAAGACUCAAACAGUCGAUACUCGAGGAACUGUCAUUGUUGGUCUUGCUUUCUCCCCGGACGAUGGAUGGCUUGCCUCUUGGUCGUCUGAGCCCAAGGUUGAGAUUCGGAAUGCCAAAACGGGUGAUUGCAUUUACAAUAUUCUAGUGGAGCAACGACUUCCGAUCGGACCAGAAAUUCGGGUUUCUUUUUCAUCUGACAGUCAGCGUAUCUUGCUUGGCUCAGAACAACCUGGCAUCCGAGAUAUCGUUAGCUGCGAAUGGACCAAUUACCAUGAGGUUCAUCCAGAACGGCUUUUGACAUUGGCUUUCUCUUCAUAA